CUUAACCAUCUUUUCAGACGACGACAACGACGCUGACGAGCUGGACACACCAGAUCCACAAAUUCAAAGAGAGAUUACCUCCAUGCUGCGUCCCAGAACUGCCCAGGCGCUUCUGCAAUUAAUACAUGGUGGUCACCCUCUGGGACAGAUCAUAUUCGAUCCCAACAGUCCCAUCCACGAACAAAGCGGCAUAGUCAAAUUUAACAACAUUCGCUACUAUGCGCUCGGUCAAAACCGUCGAUUGGUGAAAGCGCGUCUAGCGGAGCAGAUUUUCCGUGAUAUGGUGUUGGGCGAAAUGCGAAAAAUUGUUACCGACAUAUUCCCAAAUGUCGACAAUCCCUUGAAGCUGGAUGUCGACGCAGAAGUGAUCUUUGCUCAGGAUGACUUUCCUCUGAACCAUGUGGUGUCGUAUGCCCUGCACAAACUGCAGGAACAGUGGGCCAUAGAUGGGUAUACGCUACCGGAUUAUCGACCAAAGGCACGAAAGCUGAAAAAAGUUGGUGAUGGAAUUCCUGGUCCUCGAUGUGUGCCGAAACGAACGCGAGGUGUUGAAGAUCUGCCCGUAAUUGCGCCCGAAAUGAAUCCAACAUGUUUACUUACUUACAUGCGACCUCUGGCCAAAUAUGAGGAACAGCAGCUGAAACAGGGUGCAGCCAUUCCCUGGUUUAUCUACAAGCUCACUGUCGACGGCGAGGAAUUCAAGGGAGAAGCUUCAUCGAAGAAGCAGGCCCGCCGGAAUGCCGCCGCUCAGGCUUGCGGCGCACUGUUCGGUGUUCAAUUUGCCGAACCCGAUGACUAUUGAAAUUCUGUAAUGUAUCCGAGUUGACACACUAUGGACACAAAGAUCCAUACACUCUUAUGGCUUUUGAAAACUCGGACGAAAGUUUUUUCCUCCUUUUUUCACAUUUCAGUUAGCACGACGUAAUUUGUUAAUGUUAAUGGAUUCGAUUUUUUAAGAGAAUACUAUCUUCUUUGUUACGCAAGUAAAACAUGUGUUAUUUAAUUUUGGGUUUUCCGAAGAAGCAAACGAAAAGCAUUUAAUGGCUCAUGCGGAGUAAACCACGUAGACACUUGCGGGGACGGGGGUUGGCGAGUAUUAAACCUCCUCCGGACACUUUUCAAACAACACCGCAGAAGUAACAGAGAGAUCCUACUAAAAAUGGCCAAAGUCAUUGUAAACAGUGGUCGAAAAUUUUUAAAUGUCCUUUAGUCAUGAAUUUGUAAACCAUGUCCGUAAUAUUGCAUGUUUUUUUUCCAAUUCCGGGAUUUUUGUUUAAAUUUUCCCGCGACUUAUAA